AUGAUUUUAUUGUUUUUAUUAGUUUUGGUGCAGUAUGUGUUUGCUGCUAUUAUUUUUGAUUUUUCAUCAACUACAAACACACCUUUAACUCCUGAAUCAUUGAUUAAUGUUGAAAAUCUUGGAAAAAUUAAAGGUUUUAUUAAGACAUCUUCUGAUUUACCAAAUUUUCGAUAUUAUCAAUACAAAGGAAUACCAUAUGCUCAAAGUACACCAAGGUUUACUAUCUCCAAAGCUGUUUUACCGUGGAAUGGAACUUUUGAUGGGACAAACGAAGGGAAAGUUUGUCCUCAAGUUCUAGGUGAUGUUCAAUACCCAGGAUCUAUUAGUGAAAACUGUUUGGUUCUGACUGUGACCACACCUGAGGACCCUAAUAAUAUACAAAGUCUCCAACCUGUAGUUGUAUUCAUUCAUGGUGGAAUGUUCAACAUUGGUACCAGCAGAACAAGUUUCUAUGACCCUGAACUUUUGGUCCAAGAAGGUGUGGUGGUUGUGCAACCAAACUUCCGUCUAGGUGCCUUUGGUUGGAUCACAGACGGUAAAGUCAUCCCAUGUAACCUUGCUUUGAAAGAUGUACGCCUAGCUCUACAAUGGGUUCAGUCCAAUAUAAAAUCAUUUGGUGGUGAUCCAUCAAAAGUAACCAUUUAUGGUGAAAGUGCUGGAUCUACUAUAGUAUCCACUUUAUGGCAAUCCAAAAGGUUGUCUGAUCUAUUUCAUAGUGUUUUCAUGCAAAGUGGGACUGUAAUUAACCCAUGGUCAGUACAAAAACAACCUGAACAAGCUUUUCAAAUUGUUUUGAAUGGGACCAGGUGUAGGUCCAUUGAAAAUAAUACACUUCAACAGAUUGAGUGUUUAAAAAGUUUACAUUAUACUGAACUGAAUGUGGUUAACACUAUUGAACUAGUCGUGGUUGAUGUUGAUCCUAAUGAUCCAGAUGCUAUUGUUGUUGAAAAUCCUUUGGAACAACUUAAAACUGGUAAUUUUCGGAAAAACGCACCAAUGUUGAUCACACAGACCAGUGAAGAAAUGUUUACGUUUGCUGCUGUGUUGGAUACGUUAAGAUGGAAGUCUAACGCAGAUCUGGUACCAUAUGGAAUGAUGGCUAGCGACAAGAACCUAGUAGGCAGCCUGAUAAAGUCUUACUAUGCAGGGAGUGAAGAGUUAUGGCCUGUAACUCCAUUACCCAUUUAUAUUAGAUAUGGAAGUGACGUCCUUUUCAACUAUCCUCUAAGACGCUACGUGGAACUAAUCCAACCUAAAAUGCCAAAUGCUCCAGUUUAUGUUUUACAGUUUUCCUACGCCAGUGAAAUGGGAAGGUUCAAUGAUAAAAUCAACAAAGUGGGACAUUCGGAUGACUUGAUCUACACUUGGAAAGAAGAAGAUUUUACUAAAGAAGAUCAAGUCAAAGUUACUUAUCCUCCUGAGACAUUUGUAAAACGCCGGCAGUUUAAUAGAAUGAUUUGUAAUUUUGUUAAAUUUGGGAACCCAACUCCUGGAGAAGACCCACUUUUGGGUAAUAUAAUUUGGCCUAAUGUUUCCAAUAUAGAUACUUUUGAAUAUCUAGACUUUAAUCACAAAAAUACCAUUAAACAAAGACCGAAAGAUGCUAAUUAUGCCUUUUGGUCGGAUUUAUAUAAACAGCAUGGUGCUGGUUCAAUUACUCUGUAA